ACGCAACAGGAACGGCUACUGACAGCAGAACACUGUGGUGACGCUGUAGUUUCCCACAAUUCAGUAGGACAAAAUGGCGGACACAAGGGAGAAGGCAUUGCAAGACUACAGGAAAAAAUUACUCGAACACAAAGAAGUCGACGGGAGAUUAAAAGAAUUGAGAGAACAGCUGAGAGAACAAACUAAACAGUACGAGAAAUCCGAGAAUGAUCUGAAGGCUCUGCAAAGUGUCGGUCAGAUUGUUGGAGAAGUGCUCAAACAGCUGACUGAGGAGAAAUUCAUUGUCAAGGCUACCAACGGUCCACGAUAUGUGGUUGGAUGCCGUAGACAGUUGGACAAAUCACAGCUGAAGCCAGGCACCAGAGUGGCUUUGGACAUGACUACACUUACUAUAAUGAGGUACUUGCCCAGAGAGGUGGACCCCCUGGUGUACAACAUGUCACACGAGGACCCUGGCAGUGUCUCCUACUCUGAGAUUGGAGGCUUGUCUGAACAGAUCCGUGAGCUGAGAGAGGUGAUUGAGCUGCCUCUGACCAACCCUGAGCUCUUCCAGAGAGUGGGGAUCAUCCCCCCUAAAGGCUGUCUUCUCUACGGGCCUCCAGGCACUGGGAAGACUCUUCUGGCCAGAGCAGUGGCCAGUCAGCUGGACUGUAACUUUCUCAAGGUGGUGUCCAGCUCCAUUGUAGACAAAUACAUCGGUGAGAGUGCCAGGCUGAUUAGAGAGAUGUUCAACUAUGCUAGGGACCACCAGCCAUGCAUCAUAUUUAUGGAUGAGAUUGAUGCUAUCGGUGGCCGUCGUUUCUCUGAGGGAACCUCUGCUGACAGAGAGAUCCAGAGGACUCUGAUGGAGUUGCUGAACCAGAUGGACGGCUUUGACACGCUGCACAGAGUCAAGAUGAUCAUGGCCACCAAUAGACCCGACACUCUGGACCCUGCCCUGCUGCGGCCCGGAAGACUGGACCGUAAAAUACACAUCGAAUUGCCCAAUGAACAGGCUCGUCUGGACAUCCUCAAGAUCCACUCCAGUCCCAUCACCAAGCAUGGAGAAAUAGAUUUUGAAGCCAUUGUGAAGCUGUCAGAUGGUUUUAACGGAGCUGAUCUGAGAAAUGUGUGCACAGAAGCAGGUUUGUUUGCCAUCCGCUCUGACCGCGAGUAUGUCACCCAGGAAGACUUCAUGAAAGCAGUGCGGAAGGUGGCUGAUUCAAAGAAGUUGGAAUCUAAAUUGGACUAUAAGCCUGUAUAAAGCCACUGACCCACAUUACACUGGAUCAAAGGCUGAUCAUUCUGUUAUCCCACAAAACAUUUGUGAAAUACCCUUACUAAAAUAUACCAUAUACUGGUUUAUGAACGUUCAUUCCUGUGUCUAUUACCUUGAAGUGAAUGUGAUCAACAUUCAGAAUCUCACUGACUGCAUUGUCAAAAACUAAUUGAACACAUGAUAUGUUGAGUGUGAAAGUUUGUUCUAGACCCUGGAAAUAGUGAUUUGAGGAAAAAGAAAUAAAGCUGUGUUUAAUUCUUUAA